AUGGGCUUGCUCGACCACGUCAGUGGCGCCGUCUCGGGCGCCAAAUCGCACGUCAAACCCUCCAAGGAGGACCGCCCUCCCGAGGGUGCUGCUGCCGAUGACACCGAAGAGCUCGACGAGGAGUCGGGCAACAUUCUCAUGUCGCUCAUCGGCCAGCUGCGCAUAGGCAUGGACCUUUCCAAGGUGACACUGCCCACAUUCGUCCUCGAACCACGCUCCAUGCUCGAGCGAAUCACCGACUUCAUGUCACAUCCCGACCUCAUCUUUGGCGUUGGCAAGAUCGACUCACCCGAAGAGCGAUUCCUCCACAUCACACGCUACUACCUUUCGGGCUGGCACAUCAAGCCCAAGGGAGUCAAGAAGCCGUACAACCCCAUCCUCGGCGAGUUCUUCCGCUGCUCGUACAACUACCAGGACGGCACCAAGGCAUUCUACAUUGCCGAACAGGUGUCGCACCACCCGCCCAUCAGCGCGUACUACUACGUCUCGCCCGAGAACAACCUCUUGAUCUACGGCGAGCUCAAGCCCAAGUCCAAGUUCCUCGGCAACUCGGCGGCGACCAUCAUGGGCGGCGAGUCCCGUGUUGUGCUGCUCGACAAGCAGGACGAUGGCGAGUACCACAUUUCGAUGCCCAACAUGUACGCGCGCGGCAUCAUGUUCGGGCGCAUGGUGCUCGAGCUGGGCGACACGAGCAAGAUCCGCAACGAGGCUAACGACCUCUCGUGCGAUGUCGAGUUCAAGACCAAGGGCUACUUCACCGGCACGUACAACGCCAUCGGUGGUAAGGUCACCAAGGGGGGCAAGACGGUCGGUGAGAUCAGCGGCAAGUGGUCCGACUCGAUGGACUACAAAUCCUCCAGCUCGGGUAAGACCGAGGUGCUGUUCGACGCACACAAAGCGACGAUCGUUCAGAAGGAAGUCCUGCCCGAAGACCAACAGGAGGACAACGAAUCCCGCAAGCUCUGGAGCAAGGUCACCGAGGGAAUCAAGGAGAAGAAUCUCGACAAGGCUACUGAGAGCAAGAGUGCGAUCGAGGAGAAGCAGCGUGGUCUGGCCAAGGAGAGGGAGGAGAACGGAACCUCGUGGUCUCCGAAGUUCUUUGUUCAGAAGGGCGAUGUUUACGUGCCCAAGAUGGACGCCCUGCCCUCGGACGAGUAUAGGCCUCAGGCAGUCGUCGAUUACUUUGCCAAGUCGGCUUGA